ACGCGAAUGGUGACCACGUUUUAUUUGUUUAUUUUCUAGAAGUUAGCCUAUUUCAGUAUUCAAAAUGGGUAAACUCGACGUUACUAUUUUGCGUUACUUGACGGGAGAAGAUUUUCGUGUUUUAACAGCUGUCGAAAUGGGUAUGAAAAAUCACGAAUUAGUUCCCGGUUCUUUAGUAGCGUCGAUCGCUAACUUGCGACACGGUGGUGUUCACAAAUUGAUGAAGGAUUUAUGUAAACACAGAUUGUUGACAUAUGAAAGAGGAAAACAUUAUGAUGGUUUUCGGCUCACGAACGCAGGCUAUGACUACCUCGCUCUCAAAGCCCUCACAAACAGGAAAGUAAUUGCAUCUUUUGGAAAUCAGAUUGGUGUCGGCAAAGAGUCUAAUAUUUACACAGUUGCCGAUGAAGACAAAACUCCAUUGUGUUUAAAAUUGCACAGACUGGGCCGCACAUGCUUCCGAAACAUAAAAGACAAGCGCGACUACCAUGCGCACCGCAACCGCGCGUCCUGGCUGUACCUAUCUCGCAUAUCGGCCACCAAGGAGUUUGCUUACAUGAAGGCACUGUAUGAUAGAGGCUUCCCAGUGCCAAAGCCGAUUGACUUCAACAGACAUUGUGUUGUUAUGGAGCUAGUGCAGGGUGGACCGUUGACCCAUGUCACAUCAGUAUCUGACGUAGAGUGGCUAUACGACGAGCUGAUGGGUCUCAUAGUGCGGCUUGGCAACUGUGGAGUGAUCCAUGGAGACUUCAACGAGUUCAACAUCAUGAUCGAUGAUGAGGGGCAUCCCGUCAUCAUUGACUUUCCGCAGAUGGUGUCUACGGAGCAUCCUAAUGCUGAGCUUUACUUCGACCGCGACGUGCGUUGUGUCCGCGAGUUCUUCAAGAAGCGCUUCGCUUACGAAAGCGAGGAUUACCCGAAGUUUUCAGAGCUCGAGAGAGACGAUCGGCUUGAUACUGAAGUAGCUUGCUCUGGAUAUAAACGGAAUAAAGUGCUGGAGGAUGAGCUGUUGGAGGAAAUGGGCAUCGGUCUCCAAGUGAGCGGUGAUGAAGGCAGUGAUGAUGAAGGUGAACAGAGUGAAGAUAUCACCACUAAAGUGUCUGAAGAUGAAAUCGAUACGCUUAGACGUCAGGUCGAAGCGUCCAUACAACACGAUGAAACUGUACACACCCUAGCUGCUAAAACUAAUAAACUAAAUCUAGACGAAGAAAUACCUAAACUAGUGCCUAUCGAAAAUUUAAAUAACGAAGAAAAAACUACAGAAGGUACAGAAAAAAUUGAAAAAGAUACAGAAGAUAAAACGGAAGAAAUAGAAGAUUCUGGAAGCGAUUUAGAUAAAAACUCUCAGAAGUACAGAUUAGCGAUGAUAGAAAAAGCAUUGUCGGACGUAAGGUCUAUGAGAUCGUAUACUUCUGCGAGUACUAUAGCACCAGAUGUGGUAAAGCAGCAAGUUAAGAAGAAUCUAGAACAAAGACAGAAGAAAAUGGAGAGGAAGAAGGCGAUUGCGAAGGGAGAAGCCAGUGCAGUUACAAGACAUAGAAGAGAUAAUAGAGAGACGAUAAGAGAAAGCCACGGGUUGUGGGGAUGGGAUGAAUAAAUAAAGAUUUAUAUAGAA